AUGGCCUGGCUGGAGAUGGCUGCGGGCGGCGACGGGCGACGCGGGCGGGCCCGGCUGUGUUCCCUGGCGGCGCUGGGGCUGCUGCUGCUGGGCGCGCUCACCUACGUGCCGCCCCUGCUGGUGGCCUACCGGAGCCACGGCUUCUGGCGCUCGCGGAGCAGCUACGCCGAGCAGCCCAUAGUCCGCUUCCGGCACGAGAUGCUCCUGGCCGCGCUGACAGAGGGCGGCGGCGCGCCGGUGGGCUGGAGCUCCUUCGCCGCCUGUAAUCGCCUGCUGGGCGGCCGGCUGCGCGUCCCGCUCGUCUCGGCUCGGGAGGAAGACUCUAACCGGGAUGGAGUAAUGGACCAGCUCCGUUUUCAGCUGGAGCUUCCGCUGCUCCCCUCCGAACGAAUCGUGGGGAUUCAGCUCCUGCUGACUUUCUCCUACGAGUUGCACAGAAUGUCUACUUUUGUGAUGCAGAGCAUGGCUUUUUUGCAGUCUUUUAGCCCUGUGCCAGGAUCACAGGUGUUUGUAAAUGGAGAUCUCAAACUUCAUCAGAGGCAGCCCCUUCCCCAUGCUGGGCUAGAUAGCAGAUAUAAUGUAUCUGUGAUCAAUAGUACAAGUCCUUUUGCACAAGACUAUGAUUUUGUGAACAUUUUUGAAACAUAUGAGAAGAGGAAUGUUACAACAGUUUUGUCUGGUCCCGGUCCCAUUUGGGUGACUGGAAGAUCACCAGAUCAACCAUUUGUGAUCCGGGCCUUCAUCCAUUAUCCAAUGGAAUUGAUUGUAUAUCAGCCAGGCUUCUGGGAGAUGAUGAAGUUUGCCUGGAUGCAGUACAUUAGCAUCCUCCUGAUAUUUUUGUGGAUUUUUGAAAGAAUAAAAAUCUUCCUUCUUCGAAAUCAAGUGCUGAACAUAGUGCCGGUGUCUCUGCUUCCCCCACUGUUGUCCUAUAAAGAGCACCAAUCCUGACAGAGCCUGCAGAGGAGAAAGAACUUUGCUCUCAGUGGCCUCUACUGCUUUUGCAUUUGGAAGAUGAGGUUUUCCACACGUUGGGUUCAUACAUUAUUUUGCAAAGUUUAUUGUGAGUUCUCAGUGUAGAUUUUCUUUCCUGUCCUAUUUUCAGAAAUUUGUUUGUUAUUAUGGUCUAUCAGAUGCAUAUCAGCCAUAAUAAGUGGCAAGAAAAACCUUUUAAUGAAAGUUAUACAAAUGAGUUUUACUGUCUGUAAGUACAUAACUGAAUCCCAGUCUUGAUGGCAAAGUCCUCUAGAAGGAAUUAACUACAGAAACAAAAAGAGAACUCCAUUCUUUGAAAAAACAGAUUUUCUCUGCAUGAAUACUGAAAUAAAGAAUGCCUUUGUUCUUUUUCCACUGUGUUUGCAAAAUCCCAAGGAGAAAAUCAAGGGCCAUCAUCAGUCAGGAGCUAUUGUCUCAAAAAGCUUGGGUUCUUUCACCUGGCAUGCAAGUCCAAUGAAUAAUGCCAGAUAGAUGGGUAGUAAAAAAACUUUUAUUGGCAAAGAAAAUGGUUACUCAGAAGCAAGUUCCAAAUGGGAGCACUCCUUGGAGCAGACCCUCUUUUAUAUAAAUUUGAAAGACACUCAUUUUCACGGAAAUACUUAUCAUUGACCAGUCAUUAAGAGCAACAUCACACACACACACACACGUGUUUGUGUGUGUGUGUGUGUGUGUAUAUAUAUAUAUAUAUAUCAGAUGUUUUUUAACUCGAGUGUUAUCUCUGCCUGUAAAAACUUUUCAGCCCUAUAUAACAAAAUAUUUCAACUUGCUGCAAGUUGAUGUGACUAACAGUUUAUUAACACAUAAAUGUAAUUGGACUAAGGUUAAAUAAAUUGGG